AUGGACGCCAUGGGUCGGCCCCUCAUGGCUGAGUGGCACUCAGAUUUGCGCUUCAGGGGUUCUCCAGUCCUCAGAAAUGCAGAGAUCCCAACAAGAAAUCGCCAGGACAUCAUGACCACCUUGCCUAUCGUCCUAAGGUUUGAUGCUUUCCUGGAUGAAGCAAGGGGCCCAGGAAGAACUGUCCAGGGAACCAUUACCACCUUGCCUCUUGCAGCUUUCCUGAGUGACGAAGCCCGCGUCGCUGCAAGGUUUGCCCCCGCAACACGUUCACCAGACCAACCUCAUCCUGCCGAACAGCCGUUUCAGCUUCAGCUUCAGGCAACCCGUCGUCUGGUUUCCAUGUAUGAUAGUUACAUGAUUCCGAUCAUGCAGUUUGAGGGCCCCUACUUCACCCAUACGAUGAUGGACAAUCUCCAGAUACGCUGUGCCCCUCUUGAUCUCAUCACUGGAGACAUCGUAGGACAAUACCUGAGGUAUUUCCGGCCCAUGGAGGAGGAAGUUCUCAACUUCUGGAUCCACGCCAAUAAAACAGAUGUCCAGAUCAGGGAGUACAAGACUCUCGUCGGUAUCGACGGUCAGCACGAAAACAACUAUACCCAGGCCAUGUCCAUUUGGAAGAAGGGGGUUGCUGUCUUCCUCUCGGAUGGCGUGAAUCACGACCAUCUCCCCAAGCUCGACCACAUGUUUACUACGUGGAAUGUGUCCAACAACGGCUACAGGCAGCUACACCGCCGUGAGGGCAACGGUACGAACUGGAGCGCCGAGGGAAUAUUCCACUUCUGGACUGACGACGGUUCCCGGCCAGACGACGAAACGCCGCACGUUGUGGCCUUUGUAGCGGACCAGGCCCCCUUGAUGGACGGGCUUCCCUCCACAAGUGCAGUGCAGACCGCCAUCUGGCUUGCCGCAUCUGCGUCAGCACAAGACCGCGGGCAAAAUCACAACAUCUUCCCGGUUGCGGUUGUCUGCUGCUCUGGACACAAGGUCCGUGUCGUGCAGAUGGUUAUCAAUCUCCUCCACGGCGCAGUCGAGAUACGCCUGUCCCAGAUUGUCGACCUCCGCGACCCUCCCCACGGGGACUGGACAGCCUUCCUGCAGUUCCUGUGCUGGUUCCUUCCCGAUCCUACCGGUGACACCACUUCUUCUUUUUAA